UGAAAGACUCCCUAGCUUCCGUGGUCGUGUGCACCAUUAGCCAUCAAAAAUAGCGCAGCACCACUAUGAUUUGUGGGCACAUUUGCCGGCCAACCCAUCCCAUGUAGACUCCAAUUUAUAUAUAUAUAUGUAUAUGUAUAUACUGUCUUUCUUUCUUCAGCUUUAAUUUCUCCAUUGAUCAUCACCACACCAAAUCUAAGAAGAAGAAGAAGAAGAAGAAGAAGAAGAUGCCUUGUCUUUAUAUCUCUACUAACGUCAACCUAGAUGGCCUUGACACUGACCCCCUCUUCUCUGCCGCCACAAAAGCCGUUGCAGAGAUCAUCGGACGACCAGAACAUCUGGUAAUGGUGAUACUCAAGGGAUCAUUAGCCAUAUCAUUUAAUGGGAACAAAGAGCCUGCAGCUUACGCGGAGAUAGUUUCAAUGGGUGGCAUUAACACAGAGGUGAAGAGGAAGUUGAUUUCUACUCUUGGUUCAAUUUUGCAAGCCAAACUGUCCAUUCCCACUGCAAGAUUCUUCCUCAAAGUUUAUGAUACGACAGCAGGGCAACCCACCCCCAAAUUAUGAUUCUGAAAGAGGGCAAAUUUAUUAAUAUUAAUGCCAUCAGAGUGUCAGGAAGCUGCUUCUUCUUCUUCUUAUUAUUAUAUUUUAAGAACUGAACUGAGUCAAGCAAUCUACUAUGAACGACUCGUACAAUAAAGAUUGUUCAAUUAAAUGUUGAUAAGAAAUUAAAUGCAAGAUAUCUUCUUGUGAAAA